CGCUGGGGGCCGCGCGAUGUCGCACGGAGCGGGGCUCGUCCGCACCACGUGCAGCAGCGGCGGCAGCGCGCUCGGACCUGGGGCCGGCGCGGGCCAGCUGGGGCGCGCCGGCCCCUCGGAGGGGCUGCUGGACCACGGCUACCCCCGCACCCUCGCGGCCCUGCUCAAAGUGGCGCAGAUGGUCACUCUGCUCAUUGCCUUCCUGUGCGUGCGGAGCUCCCCUGGGACCCACUACAGUGCCUACAAUUUCUUUGAAGUGGUCACCAUGUGCGACUUGAUCAUGAUACUGGCCUUCUACCUGGUCUACCUCUUCCGCCUCCACCGAGUGCUCACCUGUAUCAGCUGGCCCCUGUCGGAACUCCUGCACUAUUUAAUUGGCACCCUGCUCCUCCUCAUCGCCUGUAUCGUGGUCGCCUCCAGGAGGGACAGCCACAGCAGCCUGGUGGCUGGAACGGUCUUCGGCUUCAUGGCCACCUUCCUGUGUACAGCCAGCGUGUGGCUGUCCUACAAGAUCUCCUGUGUGCUGCAGUCCACAGAUCCAGCUGUCUGACAAGACCACAAGCCCCCGCACUGGGGGCUCUGCAGCACGUGUGGCCAGCAGCCAGGAGGUCUGGCAGCCCCAGGCAAGACUUCUGGACAGUUCCUGUGCUCAACUCCUAGCCGGGCCGGCAGGUGCCAGGGAGCUGGACCUGCAGCUUCCUCCUCCGCUGGCCGGAGCCGCUGGAGAACAUUCCCAUGGAAAUCCACUGUCCUCACUCCCACCUCGGAGUGCCAACAGCACAGGGAUCCUGGGGCAUCCGACAGGCCCCUAGUCUCCUCCGCAGGCCUUAGAGGCAGGAAAUCCUCCUGUGAAAGCCCUGGUCCCUCCGGCUGGACCCCAGGCCCGAACUCACCUGGGCCAGGAGUGAGGCGUGCAGUGUGGCCUGCCUACCCACACAAAGACGUCUCAACUCCUUUCCUUGUCUCUGUAUUUGUGGACUUGAUGUGUUUUUCAUUGUGUUUUUUGUUUUGUU